AUGGCGCCGUCACAUCCAACCAGCAUUGUCGCCAUUUCCCUACUGGCGAUGACGGUCUAUACGGCCAUCCUAGCACACGAAGCCGACUAUGGCAUUCUCAUGGCGCUCAUCUCCAUCGUUGGCAAUGUCGGGGCCAUCCUCCUUUACUUGGCCAAGUCAUCCAUGCUGGCGCCCAGCAUCAUUGUGUCCGACAUGUUUGCUGGUGCAUUCUGCAGCGUCGGCACGUUGAUUCCCUUGCUCAGGAGCUUCCACGGCAGUAGAGACUCGCGGCGUCCGCCCAACGACUCCACAAAAUCAGACGCCUUUGCGACCAUGACAAUGUAUCUGGCACUGACAGUUGUGUAA